AGUAAGUACACUUCCUGCUGUCUCAGAACAUGCAUGGAACGGGAAUAAUAUUUCUAACAACAUAUCCCCAAAGAAGGGAAAUAAUUCAUAUUUUGUUGCAGGUCUGUCCUUAUGAGAUUAAUAGUGAUACAAUUCUACUUUACCAGAUGCACUUUAUAUAUAUAUCGCUUACAAGAGCCAACAUGUUUGCAUGCGUGCUUCAGUUAGCUAAAUGAGCUAGCUAGCAAUAGCUAUUGGAACAUGGAAUGUGAGAAACAUGGAAUCCAAUUUCUGUACUAGGUGAUAACUGUAAUGAAAAGACUACGGUAGUUGUUUGGUCUCUAAGCUAGCUGAAUGUGUCUGGCAACCACCACAAGUUCAUUCACUGUAACUGCACAUCAAUAGUUAACGUUAUCUAGCUAACCACAGCUAGCUAUAGCUAACAUUGACUUGCUCUUCUCAACAACAGUAUCUAGAUGUGGGGGAGAAUCCUGAAUCCUGUGGUGAUUACCAGAGUUCGUCUCACUUGGAGUGCCAGAAGUCUCUUCACCAUGCAGCUGAAGACUACAGAGUUCAAGUCCUUAUUCAGUGAUGGACUGAAUGGCAUAGCAGGUGAGAGCAGGUACAUUUUUGCUACCAACCAAUUUAGCCAUAUCAAAGUCUAGUCAGUGGCACGUAACCUCACAAGCAGAAAGUGGAAGAUGAGAACUGCUCAGAAUAAGUUGAUCCUCGGAAGUUCAAACUAUAUCCCAUAUUUCUACUUAGAGAUUUGUAUUAUUAUUAUUAUUAUUAUUAUUAACCUUUAUUUAAACAGGGAGUCACAUUGAGAGAUAACUAUUUUACAAGGGAGCCCUGUAUACGUUUACAAAAACCCCAACACAUAAAUAAACACAACAGCCCUACAAAACACACUAUAAUAAAACACAUAAUACACAACAUUAAACAUAUUUAAGAAAAGCAAUCGCAUUCUGUAACAGUCUCCAAUCAAUAAUUUAAAAUGCCCCCUCAAGAUAGAUUCUGAGCCUGCCUGGCAGGGUUGGUCCUACAAAGCCAGAGCCCCCUGAUGGGAGAGCAUAAUAUACAAGGAAAUUCUCAAAGCUGCUAAUGAGAACCUUGACGACCUUGUACCUAGUCGGUGGGGAUUCCGGUAGGGUACCCCCACCCAGGUAGUGGCAGCACUGGCUGCAGUAACCCAUGGGGAGGGGGUCACACUCUGACAUUCAGAGAGGGGGCAUAUUAUUGUGGCCCUGUUGGCACAAAAUAAUCAAAGGUCUGACUGCAAAGCGAUGCUUGGGAAAAUGGUCACAACAGGGGACCAGCGUGUGUGUGCUUCAGGUGAAGGGGGUGGAUCUGUUCUCCAUCACUUAGGCCUUGACAUUGGUUAAUCAAAUCUCAAGUUUUUUGCUCGAUCUUGCAUGCUUUCUCAAACAGCUGUAACUGUAUAUGCACUCGUAAAUCAGGUCCUUUCUUGAGUUGGGCUCUGGAAUGUAACAACCGUUGAGCAUCUGAACUUAUGGUUGAUUGUGGGGGAAAGGGGUUGAGUGUGUAAGAGUGUGUGUGUGUGUGUAUCCCUCAUCUGUUGCAAGGGGGUAAGGAUGUUAGGGACAAUAUAGGACAAAAAUGUAAUGCAAUGGCAAUCCUGGUUAUAGGUAACAAUCCUUUGCAUGAACUGCCAGCAUUAUUAUGCAUAUUAAUUGUUAAUGAUGGAAAUUAAGAUACGCAAGAUAUUUGAAUAGAUAUAUAUUUUUAAUAGCUAUAUAUAAAGCAAAAUGAGGUGAGAGCAUUGUAAAGACUUUUAGCGGUUGAUCUGCUUCUGUUCUGUGGGUGGCACUGUGUGUUGUUUUCGAAGGAUGGGUCCGGGCCUAGGGAUCCGAGGGGACGAGGGUGGUCUGCUGGUCACAGGGAUGACAACCCAACUUGGGAUGGGGAAGGGAUUUAGCGGGUGGAAUAGUGGAGAACAAUUGGAGGGUUACUUAGUAGCAAUGCAAAUAUCAUGGUACAGGUAUAUGGACACUCAAUCACUAUGGUAAUUUUUAAUUAGUAACACUCAAUCCAGAAAAUCACAUUGUAGGAUUUUUAAUGAAUUUAUUUGCAAAUUAUGGUGGAAAAUAAGUAUUUGGUCACCUACAAACAAGCAAGAUUUCUGGCUCUCACAGACCUGUAACUUCUUUAAGAGGCUCCUCUGUCCUCCACCUGUUACCUGUAUUAAUGGCACCUGUUUGAACUUGUUAUCAGUAUAAAAGACACCUGUCCACAACCUCAAACAGUCACACUCCAAAUUCCACUAUGGCCAAGACCAAAGAGCUGUCAAAGGACACCAGAAACAAAAUUGUAGACCUGCACAAGGCUGGGAAGACUGAAUCUGCAAUAGGUAAGCAGCUUGGUUUGAAGAAAUCAACUGUGGGACCAAUUAUUAGGAAAUGGAAGACAUACAAGACCACUGAUAAUCUCCCUCGAUCUGGGGCUCCACGCAAGAUCUCACCCCGUGGGGUCAAAAUGAUCACAAGAACGGUGAGCAAAAAUCCCAGAACCACACGGGGGGACCUAGUGAAUGACCUGCAGAGAGCUGGGACUAAAGUAACAAAGCCUACCAUCAGUAACACACUACGCCGCCAGGGACUCAAAUCCUGCAGUGCCAGACGUGUCCCCCUGCUUAAGCCAGUACAUGUCCAGGCCCGUCUGAAGUUUGCUAGAGUGCAUUUGGAUGAUCCAGAAGAAGAUUGGGAGAAUGUCAUAUGGUCAGAUGAAACCAAAAUAGAACCUUUUGGUAAAAACUCAACUCGUCGUGUUUGGAGGACAAAGAAUGCUGAGUUGCAUCCAAAGAACACCAUACCUACUGUGAAGCAUGGGGGUGGAAACAUCAUGCUUUGGGGCUGUUUUUCUGCAAAGGGACCAGGACGACUGAUCCAUGUAAAGGAAAGAAUGAAUGGGGCCAUGUAUCGUGAGAUUUUGAGUGAAAACCUCCUUCCAUCAGCAAGGGCAUUGAAGAUGAAAUGUGGCUGGGUCUUUCAGCAUGACAAUGAUCCCAAACACACCGCCCGGGCAACAAAGGAGUGGCUUCGUAAGAAGCAUUUCAAGGUCCUGGAGUGGCCUAGCCAGUCUCCAGAUCUCAACCCCAUAGAAAAUCUUUGGAGGGAGUUGAAAGUCCGUGUUGCCCAGCGACAGCCCCAAAACAUCACUGCUCUAGAGGAGAUCUGCAUGGAGGAAUGGGCCAAAAUACCAGCAACAGUGUGUGAAAACCUUGUGAAGACUUACAGAAAACGUUUGACCUGUGUCAUUGCCAACAAAGGGUAUAUAACAAAGUAUUGAGAAACUUUUGUUAUUGACCAAAUACUUAUUUUCCACCAUAAUUUGCAAAUAAAUUCAUUAAAAAUCCUGCAAUGUGAUUUUCUGGAUUUUCUUUCCUCAUUUUGUCUGUCAUAGUUGAAGUGUACCUAUGAUGAAAAUUACAGGCCUCUCUCAUCUUUUUAAGUGGGAGAACUUGCACAAUUGGUGGCUGACUAAAUACUUUUUCCCCCCACUGUAUAUAUAUACUGAGAUCAUGUGACAGAUCAUGUGACACUUAGAUUGCACACAGGUGGACUUUAUUUAACUAAUUAUGUGACUUCUGAAGGUAAUUGGUUGCACCAGAUCUUAUUUAGGGGCUUCAUAGCAAAGGGGGUGAAUACAUAUGCACGCACCACUUUUUGUUUAUUUAUUUUUUAGAAUCUUUUGAAACUAGUUAUUUUUUUCAUUUCACUUCACCAAUUUGGCUAUUUUGUGUAUGUCCAAUACAUGAAAUCCAAAUAAAAAUCAAUUUAAAUUACAGGUUGUAAUGCAACAAAAUAGGAAAAACGCCAAGGGGGAUGAAUACUUUUGCAAGGCACUGUACAUAAUGUCACCAUAGUCUAUUACAGGUAGAAUUAUUGUUUGGACCUUCUUCCUUCUAUUUUCAGAACUGAGGCAGGAUUUAUUUCUAUAUAAAAAAAACAAUCAUAGAUCUCAGCUUCUUCGUCAAGUUUUGAAUGUGUGUUUCAAAAGACAACUUGUCAUCAAUCCAGAUACCAUGAGGCCGGGACUUGAGAACCAGGUUUGGAUCAGAAUGUAUUAAUCAGUGUGUCUGCUUAUAUUAUGAUUAAUGAAUUGAGUGAUGCAGGGGUCAAUUCAUUUCAACACUAGACAUCUUAUCUUAUCAUUUAUGCAUGCAUAUCUCCAUAGAGAUCUUUGAGAAGCACAAGUUUGAGCUGAGGAUAGCAGGGGGUGCUGUGAGGGACCUCUUGUCUGGGAAGCGGCCAGAGGAUGUGGACUUUGCGACCACGGCAACACCAGAGGAGAUGAAGAGGAUGUUCCAGACUGCAGGGAUCAGGAUGAUCAACAAUAAAGGAGAGAAGCAUGGGACCAUCACUGCUCGAGUAAGAGUACACAAGAUUACUGUGCAGUUUGACCAGCUAUACAGUCGUGGUCAAAAGUUUUGAGAAUGACACAAAUACUAAUUUUCACAAAGUCUGCUGCCUCAGUUUUGAUGAUGGCAAUUUGUAUAUACUCCAGAAUGUUAUGAAGAGUGAUCAGAUGAAUUGCAAAGUCCCUCUUUGCCAUGAAAAUGAAAUUAAUCCCAAAAAAACAUUUCCACUGCAUUUCAGCCCUGCCACAAAAGGACCAGCUGCCAUCAUGUCAGUGAUUCUCUCGUUAACACAGGUGAGAGUGUUGACGAGGACAAGGCUGGAGAUCACUCUGUCAUGCUGAUUGAGUUAGGUCAUUACAUAACGAUGGUCAUUAUGGCCAAACAGUUUUAUUUUGUUUCAUCAGACCAGAGGACAUUUCUCCAGAAAGUAUGAUCUUUGUCCCCAUGUGCAGUUGCAAACCGUAGUCUGGUUUUUUUAUGACGGUUUUGGAGUAGUGGCUUCUUCCUUGCUGAGCGGCCUUUCAGGUUAUGUCGAUAUAGGACUCGUUUUACUGUGGAUAUAGAUACUUUUGUACCUGUUUCCUCUAGCAUUCUCACAAGGUCCUUUGCUGUUGUUCUGGGAUUGAUUUGCACUUUUCGCACCAAAGUACGUUCAUCUCUAGGAGACAGAAUGCAUCUCCUUCCUGAGCGGUAUGACGGCUGUGUGGUCAAAUGGUGUUUAUACUUGCGUACUAUUGUUUGUACAGAUGAACGUGGUACCAUCAUGUCAGUGAUUCUCUCGUUAACACAGGUGAGAGUGUUGACGAGGACAAGGCUGGAGAUCACUCUGUCAUGCUGAUUGAGUUAGAAUAACUGGAAGCUUCCAGACUGGAAGCUUUAAAAGGAGGGUGAUGCUUGAAAUCAUUGUUCUUCCUCUGUUAACCAUGGUUACCUGCAAGGAAACACGUGCCGUUAUCAUUGCUUUGCACAAAAAGGGCUUCACAGGCAAGGAUAUUGCUGCUAGUAAGAUUGCACCUAAAUCAACCAUUUAUCGGAUCAUCAAGAACUUCAAGGAGAGAGGUUCAAUUGUUGUGAAGAAGGCGUCAGGGCGCCCAAGAAAGUCCUGCAAGCGCCAGGACCGUCUCCUAAAGUUGAUUUAGCUGCGGGAUCGGGGCACAGUGAGGCGAAUACUUUUGGAGGAUGUCCUGGUGUCAAGAACGGCAGCAAAGAAGCUUACUUACUUACUUACUUUAUUGUCCCCAUGGGGAAAUUUUGUUGCAGUGUCAUGUACACAUUUAAAGUGGCGUUAAAUACAAAACAAGAUUGACAAUACAACUUUCAAUAACAGUCACGCACCAAUAAAAGUAAGAAAUAAGAAAUAAAACAUUUAAAACAUUUAAAACAAAGACUAGCCUGCUGGCCUUACGGGGUCAAUGGGAACAUUUGCCCGAGCUAUUUAAGAGGGAUAUCACACCUGGCACAAAUGAUUGUCUCGUUCUAUUUUUCCUGCUGAGGGGUGCCCUAUACCUACGCCCAGAGGGGCAGCAAAGAAGCCACUUCUCUCCUGGAAAAACAUCAGGGACAGACUGAUAUUCUGCAAAAGGUACAGGGAUUGGACUGCUGAGGACUGGGGUAAAGUCAUUUUCUCUGAUGAAUCCCCUUUCCGAUUGUUUGGGGUAUCUGGAAAACACCUUGUCCGGAGAAGAAAAGGUGAGCGCUACAAUCAGUCCUGUGUCAUGCCAACAGUAAAGCAUCCUGAGACCAUUCAUGUGUGGGGUUUCUUCUCAGCCAAGGGAGUGGGCUCACUCACAAUUUUGCCUAAGAACAUAGCCAUGAAUAAAGAAUGGUACCAACACAUCCUCCGAGAGCAACUUCUCCCAACCAUCCAAGAACAGUUUAGUGACGACCAAUGCAUUUUCCAGCAUGAUGGAGCACCUUGCCAUAAGGCAAAAGUGAUAACUAAGUGGCUCGGGGAACAAAACAUCGACAUUUUUGGUCCAUGGCCAGGAAAUUCCCCAGACCUUAAUCCCAUUGAGAACUUGUGGUCGAUCCUCAAGAGGCGGGUGGACAAACAAAAACCCACAAAUUCUGACAAACUCCAAGCAUUGAGUAUGCAAGAAUGGGCUGCCAUCAGUCAGGAUGUGGCCCAGAAGUUAAUUGACAGCAUGCCAGGGCGGAUUGCAGAUGUCUUGAAAAAGAAGGGUCAACACUGCAAAUAUUGACUCUUUGCAUAAACUUAAUGUAAUUGUCAAUAAAAGCCUUUGACACUUAUGGAAUGCUUGUAAUUAUACUUCAGUAUACAAAAGUUACAUCUGACAAAAAAUAUCUCAUAACACUGAAGCAGCGAACUUUGUGAAGACCAAUACUUGUGUCAUUCUCAAAACUUUUGACCACGACUGUACACAAAUAUUCCAGAUCCAGAAUGUGAGACUGAUGUGAUGUUGAAAUGUUGUCUUACGCUACUUUUCUUUCUACAAUCCAAUUUUUAUUACGAUGAGGUGAAGUGUUAAAAGUCAAUGUAGCAUUAAUUCUGCUGUACAGUAGGCCUGUGUGUUUGUGGCUUUGAAACACAUGACAUUUGUCUUCAUCUCUAGCUUCACAAUGAGAACUUUGAAGUGACCACACUGCGCAUAGAUGUUCAGACGGAUGGACGGCAUGCAGAGGUAGAGUUCACAACAGACUGGCAGAAAGAUGCAGAGCGCCGAGACCUCACCAUCAACUCCAUGUUUUUAGGUGUGUUUAUAGUAUAUUUUCACCCCUUCUGAAAUGAAUGCCAAACUUGAUAUUAGAAGGGGGGGGGGGGAAACAUGUCUUAUUUGAUUUCUGACUGAACAGGGUUAGAUGGGACCCUAUAUGAUUACUUCCAAGGAUAUGAGGACCUCAAGAACCGAAAAGUUCGGUUUGUUGGCAGUGCUGAGCAAAGGAUUCAGGAGGACUACUUGAGAAUAUUACGAUACUUCAGGUAAUCCAGUGUUGUCUGGGGUGUAAAUGGGACAGGUGUUUGUUGUAUUUGGCUAACAAAUUAAACUUUAGUAUAUGAGGGUUUCCGCAUGUUAUUUUUGUCCUUACUUGUGUAUAUCUCCCGGUCUGCCCCCAGGUUUUAUGGUCGGGUAUCAGUAAAGGCAGGGGAACAUGACCCUGCUACCUUGGAGGCGAUCAGGGAGAACGCCCGUGGCCUGGCAGCCAUAUCAGGGGAGCGCAUCUGGGUUGAGCUGAAGAAGAUGGUGGUGGGCAACCAUGCUGCCCACCUUCUAAAGGUCAUGUAUGAGCUGGGCCUGGCUCAGUUCAUAGGUGAGGGAGAAAGCCCUGUUUGCUAGUGUUAGAAAUUGCGUAAUUCAAAUCUGGUAUUGGAAUAAGAAUCAAGAGAUCUUCUAUCCAAUCUUAAUUUAUUAUAUGCAAAAUGUAUGUAUGAUAAGUAUGAAGGUUCGUAUAUACGGGUCCACUGAAAUACCUCGCAGGGCACUCAGAGAACUAAACCAUUGUUUACAGAUUCUUUCUCAAAUACUCUGACAGAGAGUUCCCACCUCUUCUGUUGGCCAAUCAGAGUAAAGGACUGAGUGUGGUUUAGACUUUACUCAGCCAAUCCGUUGGCGCACGGGUUAGUCCCAACCCCUUGGCGCUCCACCCCUUGGCGCUCCACCGUUCCCAGGCAUAAGUUGCUAUCAUAAUAACCUGUAGAGUCAGCACCCAAUCUGUACUCUAUGUACCUACGUUCAAGGACGGUUUCACAGACAACAAAGAGAGUGUUCGUAUCUGUAAGAAAUACAAGUCUUAUCUGUCCUACCCCUAACGUUCCUUACAUGAAUCACAGCCUGUUAUGUGAAACAAUUUAUAUCAGUAUAGUACAAACCUAUGCUUAUCAUUAAUGCAUUCCUUCUAAGUUAUUCAUCACAUACAGAUCCAAUUAUGAGAAAAAUAGAACCCAACACUAGGAACAAUGGUAUGGGGAGUCAUGCAUGUUGGAGUCAUGUAACCAAUUAUAGUAACCAUACAACCAAUUAUAGUAACCAUGCAACCAAUGACAUAAAGCAUACCUCAAUGCACUAUAUUUAGGGCGUCCCGGUGACAGACCACUAGAAAUGUUCUCAGCUAGAGCAUAGGUCUUUUUAGAUGGUAUCAUAAUUAUAGUUGUGUAAGAGUUGUACUUUUAUUCCCAGGUUUACCUGCAGAGGGCGACGUGGAGGAGAUGAAGCGGGUCUGGCAGCAUGUGAAGGACCAUUCUCCCAAGCCCAUGACUGUUCUGUCUGCCCUGUUCCGCUGCUCUGAGGAGGUGGAGAAGAUGGACCUGAGGCUGAAGGUCUCCAGGGAGGAGAAGAACCUGGCUCUGUUCCUGGUCAAACACAGACGGGACCUCCAUAAGUCCCAGGAUGAUCCAGACAGCCUGAAGCCCUACACUGACUUUAUCAUAGAUGUAAGCACGGCCAUCACAAGACAAAAUGAGUUGAUUUGAAUAACACUUAGUGUAUUUAAAUUAAGACUGUCAAAAUGGUGUCCUUUUUGGAACUGAGUGCCAUGAAGCCCAACCUGACAGAAGCAUAUGGUCUGGUAGAUAAUUUCUAUGUAUCUUGUUUGCAGAGUCGGGAGGUGGAUGCUCAGAGUAAAGUAUGUGAACUGCUCAAGUACCAGGGGGAGGACAAGUUAUUGGCAGAGAUGAGCAGAUGGUCCAUUCCUCGCUUCCCUGUGAGUGGGCACGACUUGAGGAAGAUGGGCAUCACCUCGGGCAAGGAGAUUGGCACUAUCCUACAGAACCUACGAGAUGUGUGGAAAAGGAGCCGUUACCAGAUGGACAAAGACGAGCUGCUUUGUCAUGUCAACAAGACAUAA